UGAACACAGUUUGUACAGGAACUGUCUGGUGUUGUGGUUGUUUAUUUGCGCAUUCGUAGCUACGGGUGGUCGAUUCCAUUUCAGUGCCAUUUCAGUGAACUAAAACAAGCAGAGUUCUAGGCCGAACCAAGCUUGAACUUGUGCAUAAAUGAUGAGCCGUUGUUGUUUGGUGAUAUUGACACUGGCACUUCUGGCCGGUGCAGUGCACAGUAGACCCGGUAGGCGCAGUGGAAGCGGAUCUCUAGUGGAACGACAUAAUUAUGAAAAGAUUCGGAAGGAUGCCAACUGCGGUUAUCAGUCAUGCUCGGGUCCGAAGCGCGACAUGCUGAACGUCCAUCUGGUGCCGCACUCCCACGAUGACGUCGGUUGGCUCAAGACGGUAGAUCAGUACUACUACGGUAGUAGAACCAAUCACCAACGAGCCGGAGUUCAGUACAUCCUGGACUCGGUUGUUGAGGCUCUGCUGCACAAUCCCGAGCGUAGAUUCAUCUACGUCGAAUCGGCAUUCUUCUUCAAAUGGUGGAACGAGCAAACAACGGAACUCCAGGACGCGGUCAGAGAGCUGAUCGAACAGGGACGGUUGCAGUUUGUAGGAGGUGCAUGGAGCAUGAAUGACGAGGCAGCUUCACACUAUCAGAGUUUGAUCGAUCAGUUCACGUGGGGACUGCGGUUGCUGAAUGACACCUUCGGGGAUUGCGGUCGACCUCGGACGGGCUGGCAGAUUGAUCCGUUUGGGCAUUCCAAGGAACAGGCUUCGUUGUUUGCCCAGAUGGGCUACGAUGCGACAUUCUUUGCCCGGCUCGACUGGCGGGAUAAAUCCAAGCGCCUGGCUAAUCAAGAAGCGGAAAUGAUUUGGAAAGCAAGCCAGAAUCUGGAUGACAGCGAACUGUUCACUUCCGUACUCUACAACCACUACAGUGCUCCGCCCGGUUUUUGCUUCGAUGUGCUGUGUUCCGAUGAUCCCUUCGUUGAUGGACCGUUCAGUGCGGAAAACAAUGUCAAGGAAAGGGUUGAUGCUUUUCUGUACUUUGUUGGAAACAUGUCUACGAAGUACCGUUCCAACAAUUUACUUGUAACCAUGGGCGAUGAUUUCAACUAUAUGGACGCUAACAUGAACUUUAAAAAUAUGGACAAACUGAUCAAAUACACCAACGCACGCCAGUCCCAGGAAUCCAAGGUCAAUGUGUUCUACUCAACGCCAGCCUGCUACCUGAAGGCAGUUCACGAAGCGGAGCUUCGCUGGCCGGCAAAAACCGACGACUUUUUCCCGUACGCGUCCGACCCGCAUGCCUAUUGGACCGGAUAUUUCACGUCUCGACCGACUUCGAAACGCUACGAACGAAUGGGAAAUCAUUUCCUGCAGGUAUGCAAACAACUGACGGCACUCGCUCUUCCAUCCGCGGACGAAUCCUAUCAGGAGAAUUUAACCCAUUUGAGAGAAGUUAUUGGAGUAAUGCAGCACCAUGAUGCCAUCACCGGUACAGAAAAACAGCACGUGGCCGACGAUUACGCCAGGAUGAUCCACACUGCGAUCGAUGCAUGCGGUAAAAACACAGAUGCCGCGUUGACACGGUUAACCAGUCGAACCAGUGCAACGGAGUUGAGGUUCGAAUCAUGCAACCAACUCAAUGUUAGCCUGUGUGAAAUAACUGAAACCAAAAAGACGUUUGUAGUCACCCUGUACAAUCCGCUGGCACAUGCCACGCAUCAAUACGUACGUCUUCCGGUCAAUGGGAACAGUUACGUGGUCCGAGAUGCCACUGGAACUCAGUUACCUACUCAAAUAGUUUCGGUUGCGGAAUCGGUUACCUCACUGGACUCUCGAACCAGUCCCGCCAUCGAUGAGUUAAUCUUCUUUGCUGAAGAAAUACCCCCGUUGGGAUUCAAAUCCUUCUACAUCUCGGAAGGAUCCGGAAACAAAAAGAAACACACACCACAACCGAAACAACAAUUCGUCAGCAUCGGCAAUGAAUAUCUUACCUUGUAUUUUAACGGCAAUGGUUUUCUGAGUACGAUCAACAUCAACGGACAGGAUCAUCGGUUGGAGCAGAACUUCCUGUACUACGAAGGAGCGUACGGUAACAACGAGGUGUUCGAGAAUCGAUCGUCCGGAGCCUACAUUUUCCGUCCGAAUGGGACCGAGUCCCCGAUCGCCAAUUACGCACAGAUUCGCGUUUUCAAGGGAGAUCACGUUCAGGAAGUGCACCAGAUCUUCAACGAGUGGGUCAGUCAGGUCAUUCGAGUUUACGAACACGAUCGACAUGUGGAAUUCGAAUGGUUGGUGGGACCAAUUCCGAUCGAGGACGGAACGGGGAAAGAAAUCAUCAUCCGUUACUAUUCGGAUAUCAAAUCCGAUGGAAUCUUCUGGACCGACUCGAACGGUCGUGAAAUGAUCAAGAGGAUCCGCAAUCAUCGGGAAACUUGGGAUCUGGAGUUGGCUGAACCGGUAGCAGGAAAUUACUAUCCGGUAACGGCCAAAAUUGCUUUAGAAGAUGAUCGUCUGAGGAUGGCGGUUUUGAAUGAUAGAGCACAGGGUGGCACCAGUAUGCAGGAUGGAGUUUUGGAAUUGAUGGUUCACCGGAGAUUGCUGAGGGAUGAUGCAUUCGGAGUUGGUGAGGCGUUGAAUGAAACGGCUUACGGAAAGGGGCUGGUCGCACGUGGAAAGCAUUAUCUGUUGGUGGGACCGAAAUCUAUAGCACAGCAGACGACAACUUUGCCAGCCAAGGAACGCUUCCUACAAAAUCAAAUUCUUACUCCUGCCUGGUUGUUUGUGAGUGAUGCCACUGGACUUUCCUUCAAUGCAUGGCAGAGCUCCUUCAAUAGUGCAUUCACCGCACUUACAACGUCACUCCCGGAAAAUGUUAAUCUACUUACGUUCGAACCAUGGAAAGGAAGCAACAACUUCCUGGUGCGCUUCGAGCAUUUGCUCGAAAAGAACGAAGAUCCGCUUUACUCGCUUCCAGUAACAAUCGACCUGCAAAGUGUUUUUUCAAAUAGCGAAAUUGUGAGCGCUCGCGAAACAACUCUCGCUGGAAAUCAAUGGAAGGAAGACAGCAGUCGUUUGAAAUUUUUCUUCGAUAUAGAACCUGCCCGGCAAAAGCAGAAAGUGUCCAAACCGAAACGGACAGCGGGGCUUCAGUUUGUCCUGCAACCGAUGGAGAUCAAAACUUUCGUGGUGGAAAUGCGCAGAACUCGUUGAAAUGCGGCUAUUGUUCUAAUUGAGAUUGAAAUAUAUGAUUAAUCUUU